AUGUCAAACUAUGAUUCCCUGUAUCAACGCAGCCUCUAUUUCUCCCCCGACCAACAGGAUCUCCUCCUUGCCACCCUUGGAACGUCCCAUCAAACAAUGCAACCACAAAGCGAGACGACUUUUGAUGGCAUACCUGUUAAAACCCAAAGUUCCCCAAUCCAACAACUCCAGAAUGGAUCUGCAUCUCACGAUGUUCUCAACUCUCCCUCCGAACACGAGGCUUCCGUUUCUGGCCGUCUCAGUUUUGGGGAUGAUAGCCCUUUCCUAGAUUUCACCCUCGACCCGGAGUUUGAAAUUGCCGAUGAAGACGCUUUGAUUGGCGAUCUGCCAGGCACUGAAGGGCGUGAGAAAAGGAAGAGCAUGGAUGGGAAAGGAGAAGAGGAAGGCGGUAAAAAGAGAAAGGAAAAUGAUGAAAAAGUAGCUAAAAAACCCGGAAGAAAGCCUCUUACAUCGGAACCUACUUCAAAACGCAAAGCGCAGAAUCGCGCAGCACAAAGGGCAUUCCGAGAACGGAAAGAGAAACAUCUGAAAGACCUCGAAACAAAAGUCGAAGAUCUUGAAAAAGCUUCACAAGCUGCUAACAAUGAAAAUACAUUGCUUCGUGCUCAGAUAGAAAGACUGCAAGUCGAGCUUCGGGAAUAUCGCAAACGACUUUCAUGGGUUAGCAGUGGAAAUAGGUAUCCUAUGCCUACAAACGCCCACCUUAAAAAUAAUGAAAACCGCCCCUCCCGCCCAACUGGAGAUUUUUCCUUCGAGUUUCCGAAGUUCGGCGAUCUUCCCGGCUCCCACAUAUUUAAUACCUCUCUGUCCAAAUCUCAACUUUCACCUAACUCGUCUCAUACUUCACCUCUCACAGCAAUUCAAAACAAAGCUCCUGGCGUUCUAAAUCGAGACAUGCUCAAGAGUACGCCCGAUUCUCUCCCUCGUACCCAGCAAUUUAACUCACCCGGUGGGCCGGCAUCGGCCCUAAGCCCGAAGAAUGAUUCUAUACGCGCCAUCUACGGUUCAGGAGCUGGCCGUAGCGUGCAAAACCCGAUCGACCUAUCCUAUGGCGGAACCAACACAGCUGUCAGGUCAUCACAAGCCAUCCUCGACCAGAAUAAGCGACAAGGAAGCUAUUCGUCCCUGAGUCGUGGACGUCACGGCGCGUCCAACACAAACUCUCCUUCCACAUCCUCUGAGUCUCAGCAUGGUAGGGCUUCAUCCAUAGGCACCUCCCCAGAACCCCCAGCCCACUCACCGCCGACAGCAAACAUUGACGCGCAGUCCAAACCCAAAACUGUAGGCAAUACACCCCUAAGCCUAGAUGAGUGCCAAAAAUCAUUCUACGAAAAGCUGGGCCAAGCAUGUGGAUGUGCAGAAGAUCCAGUUCCGGCAGCCUUAUCGCACAUGAAGGAUGAGUCCAGCACCUCAAUCUCGCCGCUAAACACCUCAAAUAACAAUGACAAUUCUCUUGGAAUAGACUGGCUUGUGCAACAAAAUAAUGGCCAGUUCGACCCUGUUUUAUUCAAUGAUUAUCGUGAGCCACAGGAUGCUGUGUUAUCUCAAGAUUUUGGAAGCUUUUUCAAUGAUGCGUUCCCUCUCCAGGACGUGGGCAGCUCGUUUCCAAAUUUCGACCUAGGAGCCAACCACACCCCUAAGGCCGACCUUAUUUCUCAAAUUGACCGAACCCUAGACGCCGAUGAAGAGGUAGUGCCUGGUGAAGAUAGAUCACAAAUGUUGUCUUGUACUAAGAUAUGGUCUGUUCUCAUCCCGGACCGUUUGCAAUCGAUGGAAAAAUUUCGCAACGGUGAAAUCGACGUUGAUAGUCUAUGUACAGAGCUCCGUACUAAAGCCCGGUGUUCUGAGGGUGGUGUUGUAGUUAAUAAAAAGGAUGUGGAUGACAUAAUGACUCGUGCAUUAUAA